AUGAUUGUGAAGGUGAAAACACUGACAGGGAAGGAGAUCCCUGUGGAACUGGAGGCGUCUGACAAAGUGUACCGUGUAAAGGAACUGCUAGAGGAGAAAAGAAGGGAUCCCACCAUCGCAGCAGAGACUGAUAUUCCAGGGGAAACAAAUGUAUGUGUCAAAUGGGUACCUGUGGGACUGACGUGUCUCACCCGCUCACUCUUUUUUCUGCUCCGUAUCUCUUAUACUAACAAACUAAUAUCACACAGCGACGAUGAACAAACGAUAAGCUCUGCCAAGUUGGUGGACGGCAUGCAGCUUCAUUUAGUCCUGACUCUCAGAGGCGGCUUUUAA